AUGUCUGGCUCCAUCGAUAAGGUUACCCUGCAGAGCAGCGAUGGCGACAAGGUCGAGGUCGACCGCCCCGUCGCCGAGCGCUCUAUUCUCCUGAAGAACAUGAUCGAGGACCUAGGCGAGGAUAUGAUCGCGCAGCAGGUUGUUCCACUGCCCAAUGUCAACUCGGCUGUCCUCAAGAAGGUGAUCGAGUGGUGCGAGCAUCACCGAAACGACCCCCCCUCGACCGGUGAUGAGGAGAACGAGUCUCGCCGCCGUACCACCGAUAUCGACGAGUGGGACCAGAAGUUCAUGCAGGUGGACCAGGAGAUGCUCUUCGAGAUCAUUCUUGCUGCCAACUACAUGGACAUCAAGAACCUGCUGGAUGUUGGCUGCAAGACUGUUGCCAACAUGAUCAAGGGCAAGUCGCCGGAGGAGAUCCGCAAGACCUUUAACAUCACCAACGACUUCACGCCCGAGGAGGAGGAGCAGAUCCGCCGUGAGAACGAGUGGGCUGAGGACCGAUAA